AGGGAGUGGACUCUGAGCUGAGCAGCUGUAGUUUAGUGUGAGGAUUCUUGGAUGCAUCACGUCACGGGGCAGUCUUACAUCUCUUUUUUUUUUGGAUGAUAAAUUCCACUGCUGCUCGAUUGCAUCAGGAGUCAGCUGACAGGAGGGGUGGAAAAAAAGAGGAAACAGUGUAAGAGAGAUGAGAAGGAGGUAGAAGAGGAGGGUCCACGAGGCUCUUGAAGCAGCAGGAAGGGGGCUGGGCCUCUCUGACAAUGCUCCUCGCCAAUGAGGACUUUCGCAAUGCUCUGACCUGUGGACUUUAUGUGCAGGGUGCAGCGUAUAUGCUUCUUUAAAGAGGAAACAAACUGCAUGCUGACUUCUGUCCGAGCAGCAGCAGCAGCAGCAGCAGCAGCACAGGAGCUGACAUGCAGAGUGUACCGGAGGAGUGGAGGGAAGGACGGGAUGAGGGAGGAGGAGGAGACGGGAAGAUGGGGGAGAUGUUAGUGAAGAGGAAAGGGGAUUCAGAAGGCAGCGAGGAGAUGAAGAAGAACGGCGGUGAGGAGGAGUCGCUCAUGAUGGAGCUGACGAGGCUGGUGCAGAAGAUGGUGAAGGAGAGCAGCUGGUGGGAGAGGAGGGGGAUCGACUGCAGCAUCCUGGCAGCAGCAUUCCUCUGUCUGCCUCCCGCCUUCCUCCUCCUCGGCUCCUCCCACGUCGUGUGGUUUUCGGCGGGCGUGCUGCUGAUGGGCGUGGCUCACGCUGUCCUCACCGUCAAAGGGACACACCUGGCCAGCCACGGGGCGCUGAGCGAGUCUCAGGCCUGGGCAAAGUUCUGGGCCGUCUUCUUCAUCGAGAUCUGCGGCUCCUUCUCAGCGCGAGCUGGCAUUCAGGGCCACAUUAAGAUGCAUCACGCUCACACUAACGUCAUCGGACUGGGUGACUCCAGCGUUUGGAAGGUCCCCUUCUUGCCUCGCACCGUCUACCUGUUCAUCGCUCCCCUGGCCGUGCCCAUCAUCACUCCACUUGUUGCACUCGCUCAUCUCAAAGGACACUCUUUGGUCCACAUCGUCAGGACCAUCAUGAUGGUAACACUGGGCCUGUAUUCACAGUACUGGCUGCUGAUCCACGUCUCCGGGUUCCUGUCGCCCCUCAGUGCUUUGCUCUGCAUGCUUGUCUGCAGAGCAAUGUUCUCCGUGCCCUACAUCCAUGUCAACAUCUUCCAGCACAUCGGCCUCCACAUGUUCUCCCCGACCCGUCGACCGAAGAGGAUCUACCAGAUGACCCACGGCGUCCUGAACCUGCCACGUAACUUCCUGCUGGACUGGACGUUCGGACACUCGCUUAUAAACUGCCACGUGGAGCAUCAUCUCUUCCCCUUCCUGUCUGAUCACAUGUGUUUAAAGGUGAAGCCCGUCGUGUCCAAAUAUCUGACUGAAAAGAAGCUUCCGUACCAGCAGGACAGCUACCUCUCCCGCCUGAACCUUUUCUUCCACAAAUACCAGGAGCUGAUGGUGUUCGCCCCGCCCAUCACGGAGCUGGUCGGCGUGCAGUGAAAGAGAAGAACUCCUCAGACUAAAGACUGCUGCUGCUCCAAAGCACAAGCUUCAGUGUUUAAGCACAUUUCUGCUGACAUGUUCUAUCCUCCACAGUCCAGGUUAACUGACAGACUAUGUUUUUAAUCAAUAGCACAUUGACACGUGAAACUUUUCUAACUGAUUACAGAAUGAACACGCUCAGAGGUCGUUUCAUAAAUAGCACAAAGAGAAGCGCUCAACCAAAACUUCAUUAGGUUUAAUGGACGCUGCAUUAAAAGUCACAAUAAGGAGAUUAAUCACAUGUUUUUAUCUGAUCUGAGGUCUGUUUCAUGAAGCAAAUAGUUCAAGUUAGUGAGGCUCUUUGUGAGGAACCUGCUGGUCCUGAAUAACUGGUUACCUACGACUGGAUUUUACUGUAAGGUGCAACACCGAGCGAUUCAGAGCAUCAUAUUUUAUCAGAUAUGAAGAAAUUGUUGAUGCAUUUGGAAAUGUAAUUAUUAUAUUAAUUAAUAUUAAUUAAAAUAUAUAAAAUAUUAUUUAGAAUAUGAAAAUAAUACACUAAUCAAAUGUGUUAUGAUGGCACUUUAUUUGUACUGUGGUAUAAUUUAUUGGCAUUUUUAAAGCUUCAUCCUGGGCAUCAACCAAAAGUGACGUACACGAGACUGAACACUGAAAUUAACACAGAAUGCUGGAAAAUGAACUACGAUCAUGUUUAGAAUAAUGUUAUUGUCUGUAAUAUUAUUAUAUUUUACUUGGACCAUGAUACCGACUGGCUCGCCGUCUGCAAAUCACCCCAUCAGCCAACGUCACGAAGCCAAGCCACGACCAGCUCAGCUGGUUGACCUCCGCCUUAUCGAUGUCACACCUGUUUGUCUUAAUGCACAAGUUAGCAUCAUGGAUCACGCUGGCUGAUGAGGUCAUUUGGCAAACAGCUAGUCAGCAAAUUUACCAACCAGAUCAGCCCCCCAGAGUCUGGAGGAGUUCGAUAUCCACCAGAGACGGGGGUUUGUUUUCUAGCAAUAUGUCCAUUUUAGCUCAAACCAGCCACAGCAUCACGGUUUAUUUCACGUGCUGUCCAUCAAUGUGAGCCUUUACUCUGGACUCGUUAAGAGAGAGAGGAAGCACUCAGGAGCAUAACCGUCACAUCCUUUGGAUUGUCUGCAAAGAUUUGUCCUCUGGAUGGAAAUCAGUCCACAGGUUGUCGUGAACAGGCUGUUUUACAACCUGUUGACCUAUUAGCAAUAAAAAGUGAUUAAAACAUAAUGUUAAUACAUAAAAUGCCUCAUAAUCGUACAUAAGGACCUUUAAAGGAAGCAUUAAGAUGGAAAGAUGUAGGCGUGUGUUGUUUCUGGACGAACUGUCUUCUCUGAAACAACCUGUAUGUCAGUCGAGACGGUUUGAAUGUAAUCUGGGCUGGUUAUCGUUUUUUUUGUAAUCUGAUUAUGCAAUCCCAAUUUCAUGUAAUCUAUUACUCCCUCACCCUGUGUACAGACCAUCCGUGGCACAAACGGUUUCUGUCUUUACUGCGGACAGCUGAAUUGCACUCGCUGGCUAACACCUCUGACCUUACUCCUCCGUUUCCAUAGUGACAGAUGUUGAUGCUGUUUUAUUGUCAGUGUAAAUGUUUAAUUCUCCGUCUCCUCUCGUCAAUGGCACAUUCUUGACUGCACUGUAGUUACAGCACACAAAGACACGGAGGCGUCUCACCGUGCUUUGUUUCUUCUGACGAUGAAUUUUAACCUGAAUUUUAUUUUAUUGCCUUCAUUGACAUGACGUCUGUGCUGCUUAUAUCAUAUUAAACUAUGCAUAAUUUCAAAGCC